AAAGGACAUCUCACUCACCCACCCUCCUAUUAUUUCGGCCCUAGCAUCAAUUAGGGAGGAAAAGAGUCUCACAAACAUCAUCUCCACCAGCUCUACUCGAACUAAGAACAAGGGGAAAGAAGGAAGCAAGAAAAGAGAAGAAGGCUGCCAACUAGCUCGUACAAUUUCAACCCUCGAGAUUGUUCACCUCAUAUCUCAUGCAUCUCUAAUCCAAUGAGCUUGAGUGAGGUGUCAUUAGAUAGGUCUUGAAGAGAUCUUUCAUACGAGGUGCUGCACUUAAGGAUACGAGGUGUUUACAGCUCAAAAAGGGCACAUAAACACAUGAGUUUGCAUAACUGAAAUGGAAGAAAACACUCCUGUGGAUGAAAAUCAGUUAAUAUGUGAUUCAGGGGAUGUUGGGUGGAAGACCGGAGUUCUUGUUGAUCCGAAUAAUCCUAAUGUAGUAAGGUGUAUACUAUGUGAGAAAAUUACAAAGGCCGGUAUAAAUAGGCACAAAUUUCACAUAGCAGGGAUCAAGGGGAGAGGGGUAAAACCAUGUCCUAACGCAAGUGAUGAGCAGAAAAAAUUGUGCUAUAAAGCACUUGAAGAAAACAAGUCCCAAAAGUUGGAAAAGAUUUUGAGACAUGCCAGAUUAAGAGAUGAUGUUAUUAUGACUGCACAUAUUAGUGAGGAAGAGGAAACACACGCUUCUGAAGAAGGUAGUAGGAAAAGGCCCUUUUCAGCUUUAGGUCCUUUGGAUAAAUUUACAAGGCAAAUCAACAUCACUGAUGAAUCUACGAGCGCAAGUAAGAAAAUGAAACAACAAAAUAUCAAUGAUCUAAUUGAUAAGAAAAGGGUGCUAGAAGUUCAUCAAUAUUUGUGUAGAUGGGUGUACGAAGCUGGAAUUCCUUUUAAUUCCAUUAACUGUGACAGUUUCAAAAUGUUUGUGGAAGCUCUUGGUCGAUAUGGCCCGGGAUAUACACCUCCUUCUCAAUACCAAUUGAGAGAAACACUUUUGAAAGCUGAGGUAGAAAGGACAAAGGAAAUGCUCAAGAAACAAGAAGAAGAGUGGAAAGCUAACGGAUGUUCUGUUAUGACAGAUGCAUGGACUGAUGGAAGAAAAAGAAGCAUAAUGAAUUUAUGUGUGAACUGUAAACUAGGAACCACAUUUCUUUCUUCAAAAGAUACCAAAGACGAUUCUCACACCGGUGAAUAUAUUUUUGAAUAUGUUGACAGAUGUAUUCAAGAGAUUGGAGAAGAAAAUGUGGUUCAGGUUGUAACAGAUAAUGCUUCGAACAAUAUGGCCGCCGCAAGUUUUCUGUCACUUAAAAGGCCCAAGAUCUUCUGGACUUCAUGCGGUACUCACACCAUUAACCUCAUGCUUGAAGCAAUUUCUAAACUUCCUAAUUUCAAGGGUGUGAUUCAAAGAGCGAAGUCAUUCACAGUGUUCAUUUAUGCUCAUCAUAAAACACUAGCAUUAAUGAGGAAGUUCACUCAAAGAGAAAUAGUUCGUCCAGGGGUCACCAGAUUUGCAUCCUCUUUCUUAACUUUACAAAGCUUGCUUGAGAAAAAACAGGAGCUGAAAAGUUUGGUGACUAGUCUUGAAUGGGAUAAUACAAAAUUAUCCAAGACUGUCAAAGGAAAAGAAGCAUACGAAACCAUUAUUCGUAAUCAGUUUUGGGAUUCUGUGGAAUUGUGUUUAAGAGUUUUUACUCCAUUAGUUAAAGUUCUCAGACUUGUGGAUGGAGAUGAUAAGCCAUCAAUGGGAUUCGCAUAUGGAGAGUUGCUUAGGGCUAAGGAGGACAUUAAAGAUCUUUUGAAGAAGGAAUGCGACUAUCUUCCCAUUUUAUAUAUCAUAGAUUCAAGAAGUGAAGAUAGACUAGACAGUCCGCUUCAUACAUCGGGUUAUCUUUUAAACCCCUAUUAUUUCUUCAAGAGUCCGAGUAUCAAAGAUGAUCAUUUGAUUACAAGUAACUUGAUCACGUGUGUUGAGAAGUUUUUCCCAAAUGAAGAAAUGCAACAUCAUGAGGUAAAUGUUGAGUUGCAAAAGUACACUAAAAAAGAAGGUGCAUUUGGAAGGAAACUAGCAGUUAAUGGAUGCAAGAAUAACGAUUCAAGUUACAAUCCUGUAAGCUGGUGGGAUUUCUAUGGAAAUGAAACACCACAUUUGAAAUUCAUGGCGAAGAGAAUCCUUGGUUUGACAACUAGUUCAUCAGGUUGUGAGAGAAAUUGGAGUACCUUUGAAGGAAUACACACCAAGAAAAGGAACCGUCUUGAUGCGACAAGGAUGCAAAACCUUGUCUAUGUCCAGUUUAAUGCAAGGUUGGCAAAUAGAAAAAGAAAGAAAGAUAAGUUGGAGGCUUUUGAUGCUACAAAUGCACAAGGUUGGAUUGUUGAUGGUUGUGAUGAUGAUGAUGAUGUUACCAACGCUGAAAUUUCAGGAGCUUCUACAAAUGGUGAGAAUGAAAUAAGGGAGCCGGAUGAAGAAGAUUUUGAAUCUGAUGGAGAGGAGGCUAUAAUGGAUGAAGAAGAUUAUGAAUAGUUGAUCCCUACCUUUCUUGUUCUAACAUGAUAGAUCUAUUUUUGUUGAAACUGAGAUCCAGAUCAUGUAUAUAUUUAUAUUUAAUGCUAGGAAGGUAGAUAGUAUUGCAUUUUGAGCUUGAUGCAGGGGUAUGCAGUAUGCUCUCAAUGGUUUUUGGAGGUGAUCAGAUUCUAUCUUCGGACAUCGUAGCUGACUAAUUUGGCUGCAUUUUGGUCCCAGAGACUGUCCUAUACAUUGGUGGAACAUGUUUCAACUCUCUAGCUACAAACUGGCCUUUGAAUUCACUUUUUGCUUCAGGGAUUUUGAUCUUUUUGUAGUUUUACCCUUUAGCUAGCUGCAUAGAGGCAAUCACUUUGCCCUUCUGAUGUUUGUACAGCAAGUGUAUUAGUGUAUAUAUCACUUCUGGUUUCAAGAACUUUAUGGUUGGUAAAUGAAAAUAUUAU